UAACAUGAGGGACGGCUGAUGAGUGUUCAGUCCCUGAUACUGCGGGGGAGGCUGCGAUGGUAUCGGUGGGGUCACGCACGUCAACACCAACACAGCUCUCGCCACAAACACGCGUGAGAACUCAUGGGUAGUUGGAAUCGGCACUUGCCAGCAGCUAAAGCUGCAUCGGUUUCCCGCCUCCCCUCUCAUAAUAAAUUAUGCUUUCGCGAUUGCUCACACAUAAUGAAACUGGUUCUUCCACAACUGUCGUGUGAUGUCAUUUCAUAGGGGCACCGUAUGAAUGCACGCAGAGCACCGGCGAUUCCAGUGGGCCCGAGCUUGCAAGGUUGUAUUUCUUUCAUGCAACCAUUGACCAUCGCUGGCAUAACAAGACUGUGCUAUUUUUAAAUGCACCAGCGAGAUUAAAUGAUGAGGAUGACUCCCCGGCUUCUGAAAAACGAAACGUCUCUUGGCCGAUAUGUUAUCACUUGGGCUGAUCAUAAAACUUAGCUGCGUCGUAUACUUUGUGUCGUAUUGAGUUGCCCCGGGCAGAAGACUACGACAAAGUCUAUAACGCGGUUCACUGCCUUACUGACGCUGUAACGUUUUAACAUCUAAUUCGGUGAGCUUGUUUUUGUUUUUAAGCUAAUAUUUGCAGUACCCAUCGUUAACAUCAUUUAUUAUUUAAGUACUUUAUUAGUUCCCCGAUUUUUUUUUUGUGGGGGGGGGGGAUGUUGUUUUCAAACCUCCCCUAACUCAGCCUAGCCCAACCCAACCGGGCUCAUCAUUCCUCAGGGCUGUUGUGAGACCACGUUGAAGCCCAUAGCUCGUCCUGGCCUGUCUGGACAGGCAGGUGCGGGCGGGCGGGCCGACCAUGAGCGCUUUGUGGGUUUGUUACGCGGGAGCUCAACGAGCCGCACCCUCGCAAACGUCGGCGGUUCCCGGAGUCCUCCCGGACACGUCCUGGAACACAUGACACAGCGCACACUCGCACGCUCAUCUUCACGACGCUGCCUAACCACCACCACCACCCCCACCCCCCCGUUCGACCAUGGCUGCAUCUUGCGACCUGCGUACAGCUUGAGUCCCGGCUUUGAAGAAUUCGUUUAUUUCGUUGUUCGUUUGAAAGUCAUCCAUUUACUGUUGAUCUUAUUGCGUGCAACAGCUGUGCUGCAGGGAGACACCGGUGGGGUAGUUUGGGUACACGGGGGCCAUCCUGCUGAAGGCUGCCGAUCUUCCCUGGUGAACUCUUCGUCAUGCUGCCCAUCACGAAUGGUGGUCUGGGCCGGACCAGACCACCACUGGCUCGCCGGCAGAACACGAUAAUGUCUCUGCGCGAAAUCCUCUGGGGUUUGACCCACCACAUCGGAGAGCCUUCACUGUGGGCCGUGCUGCGGGAGUGUGUCAUGGCUCUCAAGAACCGGGAGCAGAGACCAGUUUACGUGUCGCUUGACACGGUCACCAUAGUCCCUUCUGGGAUCGUCAGAUUCAUGCCCGUGAGUCCACAAGACGACCUGGAUGAAUUUUUUCUGGCCCCAGAGCUGGAAAAGCAGGGAAUCAUCUCAGAAAAGUCGUGUAUAUUCGGCGUGGCCCAGACGGUGCUGGCCGCGGCCACGCUGUGCCUCCCGAGCAGCCAGGGCCCUCAGCUCACCGAGCACUUCCAGCAGCUGCUGGCGCGCAUGACCGAACCCGACGCCGAGAAGCGCCUCUCCAUCAGCACCGUUCUGAAGGACUGUAACGAGUACCAGAGCCAGACAGGGAUCCUCACCCAAGAGAUCUGCAUGAUGUUGCGCAUGGAGGCUAUGCAUGGACAGAUUCUGCACAUGCAGGAGCAAUGCUCUGGACAGCAAGGAGCCAGAACAAAGCCCAAGAGCCCUCCCCCCUGCCCGGCCCGCGCCUCCCGUCCAGCCCCGGCCUGCUUCUCUCAUUCAACCAAUGACCAUUCGGGGAACCCAGGUCGCUCAGGCUUCCUGCCCGUCUCCUCGACGGGAAAGUUCGAGGCCGUCCGCGGACCCGUUCCCACCAAGACCCCUCCGCAUGCCGGUGGUGCAAACCACAAUCCUGAAAGGAGCAUGAGCGUCGACGACGGCGCACAGCAGAUGCCCAGGCGCCGCGUUCUCCGGCAGCAAACGUGGACCGAGACGGGGCACCGCAGGGUGUCGCGGCAGAGCGGCGUCGACGCCGACCACACGACCGCUCGCCUGCCGUCGGACACCACCGCCGCCACCCCCGCCGCCGCCGCCGCCGCCGCCGCCGGGCAACCGCAGCUGAGCCGGAGGCAGUCGGAGAACCACAAUCCGUGCCAACCCGCGGCCUCGCCGGCCCCGCAGCAAUGCUUCUCCCUCGUGCUGGACAAGUCGUCGGGGAACUACCUCCUCGUACCCGUCUCCUCCCCGCAGGACCCCGCCGGGGCCGCCACUCCCGCGCCCGGGCCCAUCGUGAGCAGCUCGCCGCUCGUGAUGAUGUCGGCCGAAGGGAGUUACGCUCCCGCGGUGCAGUACGGUGCACGUGGCAACUGGCCCAACUCCAACGGGGACGGUCGGGGGCCGGACCACCCCGCCUCGCCGGACUGCGGCAGCCCCUCGUCACCCGGACGUGCCAUGAACUGGAGCUCGCAAAGUGGGCCUCUUUGCCAGCCGGCGACGCACGUUGCCAGGCCGCGGGGCCGCCCCGAGCAGUGGAACACGAGCACUCCGGUGCAGGCCCGAGGAGCGGCGGCCGCCGGGCGGACAGCGGUGGGUGGCAGGGCUAGGGGAAACGGUAGCUUCGGCGGUCGGGCCUGCUCACUCAGCCCGGACCUGGAGUUCCGCCGGGCGGAGAUGUGGGCGGCUCAGGCGCAGGGGCAACCGGGAAGUUACGAGGGGAGCGGUACGCAGGGUUCCGGCUACAGCACCGAGGCGCAGUGGGGCAGCCGGGCGCCCGUGCCGGCUGCGGGGAGACGCCGGACGCCAUCCAGCCCCGAGGUGGGGCCAUUGUCGCCUGGACAUCAGGGUCAGAAUGGCCGCACGGGGGCGGCCGAGGGCCCCCAUUCACCGCGUCCCAUCAGCCCCCAGCAGCAGCGCAUCCUUAGGCUCCUGCGCGAGGAGUUUGCCUUUGAGGGCUACAUGGAAAACGGUGCCGUGGAGAUGGAGAUGGCUGAGUUCAUCCGAGCCCUGCGUGUACUCAACUUCAAGGCUUUCAGUUACCUGGUAAAGGAGCGCUACCCGGACCUGUACUGGGACGACGGGCUCCUCCGCAAGCUGCACUCCCGCGACACCAUGCCGCCUCUCAAGAUACAGAGCAGGCCGUCCUUUCAGAAGCCACCGCCGCCCUCCCAAGUGGGCGGCGAGCGGCGCAUCGACUGCACGGGCCCCGAGCCGGUGACGAGCAACGCGGGCCGGGGCAAUCGCGGUGCGGCCGACAUGGAGCCCGGCCUCCGGAGCUCGCGCUCGCGGACCUGGUCGGAGAGCACGUUCCGGCAGCACGGCACACCGCGCAGCGCCGGAAAGAGCGCCACCCCUGGCUCGGGAGACUCCCGGGGCCCGGGGUCAAAGGUUGCCGGGAGAGUGCAGUGCGCAGGCGAGUGCGUGCGUGCGGCGGUGGGGAUAGGGAGGGUAGGAUUUCCCGUGUGUGUGUAG